CUACAGGUUGAAGAAGGCGCUGUAUGGACUGAAACAAGCACCUCGAGCUUGGUAUGAAAGGUUAACUGCCUACUUACUUGAUCAUGAUUUUGUUAGAGGACAAGCUGAUAGGACUUUAUUCAUAAGAAGAUCAGAUGAGAUUCAAAGAACGGGCAAAACGCAAAAAGUUCACUACUCCGGUGCCAUCCAAGCACUCUUCAAGUGAGGAUGUCCCGUCACUUGAACCAAUGCAAUUAGGCGACACUUCCGCCCCUCCUCCAUCUCCAUCACCAUCUGUGCCUGUGCCCACAGAAGCACCUCCUGAUCGCUUCACCUCCAUUGAAGCCGAGAAUGCCUAUAGAAAUACCUUCUCCAAGAGACCCGACUUGGGUGAACGGGAGGUAAGCAUCCAUGACUUUCCUUCGGAUGACUUCCAAAUUAUCCGCCAUAUAUUCAUUGAAAGAGGAUGGGAGAAGCUCACUCAUGCCCUUCCUACACCUUGUGUUGAGGUGGUCCGGGAAUUUUAUUCCAAUAUAGCCCACUUCAAUUUAGAUGAUCAUAGCAUCAUCUCUACUGUUCCCGGGAUUCAGAUUGAGGUAUCUCCUGCUAUUCUCCGCAAUCUAUUUACUCUUCCUGAGGUGGAAUCCCCUCUAUACCCAUAUAAGGGCAUGGGAGCCCCAACCAAGACUGCAAUGCGCAAUCUGUUUGUUGGUCUCACUGGCCCCAAAUGGACUGCCAAGACACACAGAUUGCCUCUUCACAAUAUGCUUCCUCAGUAUCGGCUCCUGGCCAAAAUAGUCUUGACCAAUCUCUGGCCUAUUAGUCGUCACACUGAAAUUUCUCUCGAAAGAGCUUAUUUUAUGUAUGCUCUUGCUACUGGUGUGUCUAUUGAUUUUUCACGACAUGUCAUUGAUAUUAUUCAUCGUUCACAUGUGGAAAAAGAGUUAAAUCUCCCUUUUGGAAGUCUAAUUACUAAAUUGGCCAUGAUUGCAAAAGUGCCCCUUCAAGCAAAUGAACCCACCAUGAAGCUACCCGGGCCUAUUUCUGCCUUAACCGUGGUUAAAUCAGCAGCUGUCAUCACCAAGAAGCGCCCUCUCACUACUGAGUCAGCAUCCUCUCCACUUGAACCAUCCAUCCCCCCCUCUCAACUUCUUGAGCAAAUCUCUUUGUUAUCUCAGAAGAUGGAUAGCUUCACAGCUAAGUGGGAGGCCAGUCAGUCCAAGUUGGAGCAACAAUUGGCUGCAGUACUCUCUGAUUGUGUACAAGCGAAUAAUCGACUAGUUCAACUGUCCUUGGAUGUCCAACACAUUAUGGCAAGCGUAGCAGAUUCUGACGAGGAAAUAUAG